CGAGCUGGCGGGCGAUGGGAAGGGGCUGAAAUUACAGUGAAGCAGCCUGCGGUGUUGUAUCGUGUGGAGUGUUUGCAUCUUAAUAACUGGCAGAGGAGCAGUCGGAUUUAACCCCAAUAACUGGUGCCACGGAAAGAGGGCGUUUUAUAUGCUUAACACUGUAAAACAUAUCAUUGAAUGUAAUUAAUUGGCUUGUUGAUGCAAUUUCUCGUUGGAAGAUCGAUAUUAGCCCCAGGAAGAAACAUCGAGUUGCUAACACUGGGCAGCUCAGCCAGAGGAGCUUGCACACAGCUGCGGAAGUUUGGAGAAUGCUGUUCAAGCUGAUGUUCUUUGCUGUUGGAGUGCUGUUUCAGGUCAUACUGUGCCUUGGUGACCACGAAAAUAAAGACUUUCCUUCAGCCUCUAAUGGUGAGAUGUUUCCAUGGAACAAGAUGAGACUACCUGAUAAGGUCAUUCCAGUCCACUACGACCUUCAGAUACACCCAAAUUUGACCACUUCAAACUUCACAGGAUUAGUUAAGAUACAGGUUCUUAUCAGACAAGAAACCAGCAUCAUCAUCCUCCAUUCCAAGCACCUGGAUCUCAGUAGGGCAACUAUUGCAUUAACCAAGGAUGGAGUUACAUACCCAGAAAGCAGUUUGUACAUUUUAGAAUACCCACCUUUUGAGCAAAUAGCACUGGAGAAUGCUAAGCCUCUGGAUAGUGGAGAGACAUAUAUUCUUAACAUUUAUUAUACAGCCAAUCUAUCUGAUGGCUUUUACGGCUUUUAUAAAAGUAGUUACCAAACACCAGAAGGGGAAAAGAGAACUCUUGCAUCAACCCAUUUUGAACCCACCUUGGCGCGGAUGGCCUUUCCUUGUUUCGACGAACCAUCUUUCAAAGCCAAUUUUUCAAUCAAGAUAAAAAGGGAGAAGCAGCAUAUUGCACUGUCCAACAUGCCCAUUGUUAAAUCUUUGCCAACAGCUGGAGGACUUUUUGAAGACCACUUCGACAUGAGUGUGAGGAUGAGCACCUACUUGGUGGCAUUCAUCGUCUGUGAUUUUAAAUCUGUCAGUGCAGUAACAUCAACGGGAAUUAAGGUGUCUAUAUAUGCUGCCCCAGAUAAGUGGGAUCAAACACAUUAUGCUCUGGAGGCAGCUGUGAAGCUACUGGAAUUUUAUGAACAUUACUUCAAUAUCCACUACCCCCUUCCAAAGCAGGAUCUGGUUGCAAUCCCUGAUUUUGAGUCAGGAGCCAUGGAAAACUGGGGAUUAACCACUUACAGGGAGACCUCUCUACUCUAUCAUCCAACAACGUCCUCAGCAUCAGACAAACUGUGGAUUACCAUGGUGAUAGGUCAUGAACUGGCUCAUCAGUGGUUUGGUAAUCUGGUGACAAUGGAAUGGUGGAAUGACAUCUGGCUGAAUGAAGGGUUUGCCAGGUAUAUGGAGUUUGUCUCUGUUGAUGCCACCUAUCCUGAUUUACAAGUUGGUGAUCAUUUUUUGAGCACAUGUUUCGCAGCAAUGGGAAGAGACGCAAUGAAUUCCUCACGUCCCAUAUCUACAUCAGCAGAAAAUCCUACUCAGAUAAAGGAAAUGUUUGAUACCGUUUCUUAUGAAAAGGGAGCAUGCAUUCUGCACAUGUUGAGAAAUUUUUUGACAGAUGAACUUUUCCAAAGUGGCCUCGUUCGUUACCUUCGAAAAUUCAGUUACAGGAAUACCAGGAGUGAAGAUCUGUGGAACAGUAUGGCCAAUACUUGUACAAAGGAAGACUUUACUUCAGGUGGAUUCUGCUACAGUGGUUCACGAGCCGCAAAGAAUGCCUACCACUCUGCAGGGGAGCAUCUAGACGUCAAGGAGAUUAUGAACACUUGGACACUUCAGAAGGGAAUACCAGUGAUAAUUGUCGAACAUAUUGGAACUUCACUCAGGGUACAACAGGAGCGCUUUCUUAAGGGAAUUCUCCCAGAGGACCCCUCAUGGGCUUCACUACAAUCUGGCUACCUUUGGCACGUACCACUAACUUAUAUCACAAGCAAUUCUAAAACAAUUGGUAGACAUCUUCUGAAAACAAAAUCCGAUCACAUCGAAAUAGAAAGAGAAGCUCAAUGGGUAAAAUUUAAUGUGGACAUGAAUGGUUAUUACAUUGUACAUUACGCGAAUGGCGGAUGGGAUGCAUUGAUUAAUCUGCUUGAUAAGAACCACACACUUCUGAGCCAGAAGGACCGAGCAAAUCUGAUUCAUAAUGCUUUCCAGCUAGUCAGUGCAGGAAAGCUUUCACUUGACCGAGCUCUUGACUUGACCCGUUACCUCCAACAUGAGAUUAAAAACAUCCCAGUGUUACAGGGUCUGGGUUACCUGGAGCUAUUUUACAGAAUGGUUGUGAAUAGAAAUAUCACCGAUGUUGCCACAAAUCUAAAGAACUAUAUCCUUAAGUUUUUCAAGCAUCUAAUUGAUUAUCAGUCAUGGACUGAUGAUGGCACAGUGUCAGAUCGACUGUUACGGUCCGACCUCCUGGAACUUGUCUGUGACCUCGAAUACCUUCCUUGUGUUCAGAAGGCAUCAGCUUAUUUUAAUCAGUGGAGGAUGUCCAAUGGUACCAUGAAUUUGCCAACAGAUAUCCUGAAGACUGUGUACGCUGUAGGUGCCCAGAGUAGUGAUGGAUGGGACUACCUCCUGACGAAAUACACGCAGUCACUUUCAGGUGCCGAAAAGAGUAAAAUUAUGUCUGCUUUGGCAAGCACCAGAAAUUCAGAAAAACUAGCACGGUUGUUGGAACUCAGUUUGCAAGGGGACAUCAUUAAGUUACAGAAUCUAGCCCAUGUUGUGGUGACAGUGAGCAGGAACCCAUAUGGACAACUCCUUGCCUGGAAUUUUGUGAAGCAAAACUGGAGCAAAUUGAUGGAAAAGUUUCAGCUUGGUUCAUCCACUGUUCGAUGGCUUAUAAUUGGAACAGUAUCUUCCUUUUCAUCAAAGGAAGAAUUGGAAGAGGUGGAGAUGUUUUUUGAUUCUAUCAAGGAGCAGAGCUCCCAGCUGAGAUGCACUCAGAUUGCACUGGAAAACAUCCAGAAGAACAUCAGGUGGCUGGAGAGGAAUCUGGAUGUCCUCAGGAGCUGGUUACAGAAUGUACUUGUAAACCCAUAGAUAUUAGGGAAUUUGACAAAUCAAAGUCCAGCUUGUUCUUUUCACUUUGUUUCAAUGGCUUCAGAACGUGGAUCUUAACACUUGUCAGUAUGGUUCUUGCCAUGGUUAAAGUUGUUAAGGGUCCAUAGAUGAUUAUUAGACUAUAGAAGGUAAAACAAAUAUAUGCCGUGCAACAGGUGAAUACUGUUUUCUCUAUUCAGUUAACAAAGGUUACUCUAUAACCACAAGAUAAGAUUGCAAUCUAAUUAUGACAUUUGCUUCCCUCUUGAACACACACAGAAACACACACCUUCCUAUAUAUUGUUUGGUUUGUAAUUUUAAACAAAGUGUCUGAAAGAAACUUUCAAAUGCAUUGAUUCAAAUCAAUCAACCCACUGGAAAAUACUGACUGACUCAUUCUAAAUCCAGAAAGACAUCUGCAUGAAUAUUCUAUAUUGCAAAAGUUCAGAAUAUUUUCACUUGUACAGCCAGUGAUUAAAAUUGAGUGUAAUGUUUGAAUGAAUUCUGCUCUUCAGACCACGAAUCGGUCAGUGUGACAUUUAUGUGGAUCACUAAGGUCAAAGAAUGGGCUGACACUUCAUAAUGUUUGAUUAAGUAAUCCUCCUGCCAAUUUUCUCUGGUAAACUUUUAUAUUUUCUGUUUUCUUCCAAUUCUGUCCCCCACAAACACGUGAUGCUUGUUACAUCUGUUCUCACUGCUCAGCUCCAACCACCAGUUGAUUUGGAAAAAGGCAUAUUUGCAAUUGCAGAUGUUGCUCACGAGGAUCCAAUCAAACACUUUCUAUGUCAUUGUUUUUUGUUAGAAAGCACUAAAUGUUAGGACAGUGACACAUUCAGCAUAAUGCAUCAAUUAAUAAAUAAAUGCUUUUGUAUUUGGAUCCUCAUUGAUAGAAUAAACUAUACUUGAUUUUCACAUUGAGUUGUGAUUGUGUUGCAGAAGGAACUUUGCUUUCAAGGCAAAUAACAAUUAUAUUUUUGACUUUCAUAAAUGUUAAAACCUUUAUUGCAAUUAAUUUUAUUUUCACAUUCAACUGUAAUAAGCUGGUUCCUUCUACACAAAAGUUAUAAUGCUAUUUUUGUACUCAAAAUUACACCAUUUCUUUUAACCUAAUAUAUAUUAAAAUAGAAUUUAAUUCUGAAAUUCAGUAUGCAUAUACUUCCUCCCAAUUGCAUGAACUCUGAAUUGAAAGUUCUCUCAUUUUAUUGCCCUCCAAAUAAUUUGCCUUUUGUAAAGUUCUGUCUGCAAUAAACAAAAUCCAGCACAGAAUCUAUGCCCCUUAAAUGAUCCUAAAACCAAUGAAUUAAUAAAUGCACUCACUGAGUGACAAGAAUUUUUUGAAAACAAGAACUCUUCUGAUCACUAGUAGGUCACGAUUGCUUUGAACAAUAAUGCACCCUCAUGGUGAUGUGCUCUGAAGCUAUCCUUGUGAAGGACUGCACAGGUAUACAUGCAUGAAAAAACAGCAAGAUUAAAAGACCUGAAUAAUUCUAGAUGAAUAUAAGACCUUUGUAUAUAACGUAAAUUUCAUUUAAGGUACUCCUUAUUGUUUGAAUAUUGAGCAUUUAAUGUGAUAUAAUAAAGCCUUUUUCAUACCUCAGGCUCCAUAUAAACAAACUGCUCUCCUCUGUGCUCACUCUAGCAGUAAGCAGCGUCUGUGUUAGAUUAUAGGAAAAAUUUGUUGUGAUCAUAUAUAAGGAAUUAUUAGAAGUGAUUAGUUUGGGGGAAAAAACUUUUUUUAAAACUGAUGCACUGAGUGCAUUUUUAGCUGCAUAAUCUAAUAAAGUUGUGGUUGUUGCUCUGAAGCCAAGAGGUAAAUGUAUUCUCUCUCUCUCUCUCUCUCUCUCUCUCUCGCUCUCUCUCUCUGCAGUACAUCAGGAAAGAGAAAUCAUUGGUUCAUCCAGUUCACACUUUCAAAGCUCCCAUCAACUUCCUUAAGUGAUUUUAGAACUGUUUGUGUUAUCCCAUUUCCCAAAAGGAAUUGUAUUUACUUGAUCCUCUCUUCCUUUGAAUCCUUUGGCUCACUUUGGAAUAGGUACUAGCAGCAACAAAGCCAUUCAACGGAUGAAUCCACUGUGAAUUUUAUAGUCUUUUCAUCAUUAAAAGCCAUUCAGCUUAGCUGAUGCCUUUCUUAGUUAAUAUCCAUACAUGUGUUCAUUGAAAUGUGGAUUGCUAGAUCAUGAUUGUUCAGAAAUUCCUAAUUAAUGAUUUCUAUCUAACCUGAGAGUAUGAAGUCUAAUUCAACUGCACGAACUGUAUCCUCACUUGAAAUCAGUAAAUUCAACAAAAACAGCUUUAAGUGUAGGACUUUACUUUGUGUAAUUUAGGAUAAUGUUAUUCAAAUCUCAAAAUGCUGAUACAAUUUAACUUCUGACAAAAAAGAUUACACAUUCCAACAUAGAUUAUUAAAAAAUGGCUCUCCUGAGAGCAAGAGAGGCCAAGAAAGUCCACUGUUCCUGUUAUGUUAAAUCUGCUAUGUUGGACUUGAGUUAGAAAGAGAGAGAAAUUGCAAGUAUACUAUCAGAAUGAAAGUUCUGACAAAUGUUAUUUUUGGCUAAAUUUUAGAUGAAAGUUUGGUUUUACCAGUUUACAAUAAAAAUAUUAUUGAAAUCUACAGAUUGAUUUUUUUUUAGAGAAAUAGUGCUUUGAAAUCUCUUGUGCAGAUGGCUUCUAGUAUUAUAAUAAAGUA